AACGAUGUGAAAUCAUUUCACUUUCUAGACUACGACGAUAACGGAGUGAAUAGAGAGAGGUUAAAUCAUCUUGAAAGUCUGACGUGGUGAUCACUUGAGUCAAAUAUCUAAAUUGGUUUUUCGGCGUAUGCUUAACCGCAGGGCAGACGACAUCCGCGCGGAAAAGAAACAACACCGAUUGGCCGCGAUAAUUGACGUUCAGAAGCGAUAGGUGUAAUGGUAGCCAUUGAGCCUACCGAUAUCGAGCUAAGACUUCCAGCCCACACUAGGAAAAUUCGCAAGAGUGUUUUUCCAAGCUGUGAGGGUGAUCAUAUAGUGAAACAACGUAGAAAACACGAGUCGGAACGACAAAACCGUUCGAAGCGCACCAGCUCAAAACGCCACAUUGAGAAAGCUGCUAGGGCUAAUCAGACGAAAAUAGUCCCAACAGAAGAACUUCUAUCCCCAGAGGCGGUACCGCAUGAAGGGCCUAUUCGGAUCCCGAAAGUGGGCACCCUUGUACCAGACUCAUUUUGGGCGAAUCCCCUCUGCAAAAAAGCGUGCGUUUUUAAAGUCUGCAACGCGAUCCAGGUUCGCGAAGCCAUUGGCCAGGGCUCGUUUGGCACAGUGUUCAAAAUCACCGUAGGAAAGGAUGUGGCAGCGUUGAAGUGUGUUCAGAAAUCCGCGCAAUCACAAGACCAACUUAAAGAACUUGACAAAGUUAAAUGCGAGUUUAGCGUAUGGCGUGCAGUGUCCGAGCAUCCGAACGUUAUCAGCUUGAUUGCGUUUCUACAGACUGAUAAAAAUUGGUGUUUCGUUAUGGAAUUUGCGCCACUUGGAAGUCUCAGUCGCUACCUGAAGGACACCGUUGGAGGUCCGCUUGAAAUCGAUCAAUCUCGUCGAUUGGCUGGUCAGCUUGCCCACGCAAUCUACUGCGUCCACCAAAUGGGUUUCCUGCAUCGUGACAUUAGCUGUUCGAAUGUCCUACUUGUAAAGGCUUCUGAUCAUCCUACCCUGCUUGACGCAAAGUUGACCGAUUUCGGCCUGAGUAUGAAAGGCCAUUCUUCAUCCAAUCGCUGCGGAUCGCUGGCGUACAUGUCACCAGAGGUUUUGGAGCGAACGACUUACAGUUCGGAUGCGGACUGGUGGUCAUAUGGAAUUGUUGUUUACUGUAUGUUCGUUGGGAGAACCCCACUGUCGGUAUUCGCGAGAAAGGAACACAUUGAGCUCAGCUCACUGUCUCGAGGGAUGAGGUAUGAACUGGCGAAGACUGUCACAAUUCACAUAAGCCGUCAACUGACGGCGGAACAACGGGCAUUUCUCAUCGAUGUCCUUCAGGACAACCCCGCGGAUCGCCUAGGCGUAUGGCGUUUCUCCUAUCCGGACGGAACCGUUAGCGAUUCACUAGAACCGCUUCGUCAGCACAAGUUCUUAGCCGGUUUUAACUGGUCAGCUCUUACGCCUGUUGAAAUAAAACUUAAACAACAACAACAGCUUCAAGGUGGGCACAGUGGUCCCCUCGAUUCGAAAGAAGAUAUACGAGAGUUGGUCUUACCAAAUAUUUCGAGGCGAUCACGGCGAGCUAAGGCUGAAUUGUGCGCCACGGAUACAAUUCUCACGGUGGACAGUAGCAGCAGUUCUGUUUAGCGACGUGGAUAUCCGUAGAAUGUGGUUCUAUCAUAAUUAACCAGCGCUAAGCUGGCUCCCUGGAUGGACUUCCAGGUAUGCGACUUCUACAGUAUUGCACAGAGAUCGAUGGAUUUUAACUCAGUUUUCGCAUCACGACACGGGUAGACAUCAUCUGGUGCGUCGACCUAAAAGCGCAUUGUUCAUCAUUACGAAUCGCCACGACGUCCCGGCUACGAUUAGCCUACUUAGCGCCUGUCGAGAUGAAGAAGGACAGCAUAAAUUGUUAUUUGACGCUUGGGAUCUCCGAGACAUCUGAGAGCCAAAUUCCUUCGCGAUUCGGUCCGAACCAUCAUUCACUCACUCGAAUGGUCGGAAGACAGAAGCGAGUUGCAAGGUGGGGUACGCUCGUUGAUAUCAGUCUCUAUUGGAUUCUAUAUUCAGUUCACAUAUACACAAAAUGGAAAAGGUACGUACUUGUUUCGGCGUAGCAAGCUGGACAAGGUCAACAUGGUUUCUUUUUUACCUACAGAUACACACACAAGCAGACGCCUUGACAUCUUCACAACAUAGAUUGUAAAUUCCAAAAUACUUAUUAUUAAAUAACACUAACGAAGCUUUAAAUGGUAUGUGUCUUAAAUUCGCAUGUUUGAGAACUAGCACUAUUUAGUGCUACUAUCAUUAGCGUCACUUCGAUCUGAGCUAAUCUAUACCGAUAAUUGAUGUCAUUUAACCGAAGUAGUUUAGGUGACCUUAUAGGUUACCUAUAUAUAGCCUAGGUGAAACCGUAUAGAAUUGCAGUAUGUCCCCAAUGCGAUCUAACCGUGUGACGCGCUGUCUGAAUAAGUUUGCUUUAUUAUAUAUUCGUCUAUUCGAUCCGUAACGAACUUUUCGAAAAUGAAACGAUACCAUAUUGUCACGCUGAAGCGAACCUCCUUCCAAUCGAGAUAGUAUGGAUAUGGCUGCAAACGAUUAACAAUCUUCUUUCAGUGUUGAUUACGCUGUGUUU